AUGGUAGGUGGUCACCAGCCGCAGUCGACGGGAGGCGCCAACUGCACGGGCACUAUGAUGAACAUACUGAACAUAGACGCCGAGAACCGGGUGGUGCUGAACGUCGGCGGCAUCAGGCACGAGACCUACAAGGCCACCCUGAAGAAAAUACCCGCCACGAGAUUGAGUCGGCUGACCGAGGCGUUGGCCAACUAUGACCCGGUGCUAAACGAAUACUUCUUCGACAGACAUCCCGGCGUGUUUGCUCAGGUCCUCAACUAUUACAGGACGGGUAAACUUCAUUACCCGACGGAUGUUUGCGGGCCGUUGUUCGAAGAGGAAUUGGAGUUUUGGGGUCUGGACGCGAACCAAGUGGAACCCUGUUGCUGGAUGACCUACACCCAGGUAAGUUCUUACUCAACCGAUUUGCAUCCGUAA